CCCCCCCAAAAGGGUAAGAAAAAGAUUCAAGAACUUCAAAAAUAGUCCCCUCCACUUCCCAUUUUGUUCUUGGUUGCAAACUCAUUGCAAGAACUAACUUUUAUUGUUAGUAUUCACAUUUUUUUUUCUAGAAUUCCAAAAACAAAACAUCAAGAAAGGAAAAGAAAUAGAACCAAGAAUUGGCCAAAUUCUAAGAAAAUUUGAGAGUGGUCAUUGCUGAUGAUGAGAUAUUGAAAAAUUCCCAUCAUCAACAAUGCCAAGCAAACUUCAAAGAGCCAUUGGUGCAGUCAAGGACCAAACAAGCAUUAGCCUAGCCAGGGUCUCAAACACCACCUCCUCCUCCCUUGAAGUUGCUGUGCUCAAGGCCACCACCCACGAUGACGACCCCAUCGACGAGAAGUUCGUCCACGAGGUCCUCCUCCUCGUCUCCUCCAACAAGUUCCACGCUGCGGCCUGUGCCCGUGCCAUCGGCAAGCGCAUAGGCCGCACGCGGAACUGGAUGGUGGCGCUGAAGUCGUUGAUGCUCGUGCUCCGGAUCUUCCAGGACGGGGACCCCUACUUCCCCCGGGAGGUCUUCCACGCCAUGAAACGUGGCGCCAAGAUCCUCAACCUCGCCUCCUUCCGAGACGAGUCGAGCUCGAGCAGCCCGUGGGACUUCACGUCGUUCGUCCGGACCUUCGCCCUAUACCUAGACGAGCGCCUCGAGUGUUUCCUCACGGGAAAGCUCCAACGGAGGAGGCACGUCAACGGCCUGGUCAAGGAGAGCCCGACCUACCAACGGGUCACGGCCCGCGGCAGGCGGCCUAGUGAGCCGGUCCUGGAUAUGAAACCGGCAAUGCUCCUCGACCGGAUCACGUACUGGCAACGGCUGCUCGACCGGGCCAUCGCCACCCGGCCCACCGGCGACGCCCGGAUCAACCGAUUGGUCCAGACGUGCCUCUACGCCAUCGUUCAAGAAAGCUUCGAUCUCUACAAAGACAUUUCCGAUGGCCUCUCUCUCAUUCUUGAUAGCUUCUUCCAUUUACAAUUCCAAAAUUGUGUCAAUGCCUUCCACGCCUGCGCCAAAGCUGCAAAGCAAUUCAAAGAGCUAAACAAUUUCUACACUUUGUGCAAAAGCAUAGGCGUUGGCCGCAGCUCCGAGUAUCCAAGCGUGCAAUCAAUCUCGGAAGACCUAAUUGAGGCUUUGCAAGAAUUCUUGAACGAACAAUCUGCUUUUCUCUCAUCCAAUGCAAAGGCCACGCCGGAGAAAGCAAGAGAGAGAGGGAGAGAAGGGGAGAGAUCGUCGUCGUCCGAGGUGGGAUCGCCGUGCACCUCGCUACAAGACCUAAUAAACGCCACGGCGACGAAGACGGCCGCGUGCCCGGCCAUCUCCAUCGAUCUCGAGGCCUACGCCGAGCCCCCGCAACGAGACGAGGCAUUCAUGAUGAGCGAGACGUCCUCGGUCCGGUCCCUCCCCGUCACCUACUCGAUGGUCGACCUCAUCUCGCUAUGGGACGGGUCCGACCUCGACGACCGAGAACAACAACAACAACAGCAACAACAACAACAACACGGCUCAGCACACUCGUCGCCCUACGACAACUGGGAACUCGUGCUAACCGAGACACUAGCCUCGCCAUCGCCAUUGCCGUCGCCGUCGCCGUCACCGUCACUACUACCAAUGCCUAAUAACAAGCCAACACAGGCCGCGGAGGUGGGCCCCUCCGCGGCCUCUGCUGGCCCCGUGUCAGAUAAUUGGGAGCUCAUUUUAUUUGAGUCGGAGCCGUCUCCGCCGCCGCCGCCGCAACCCUACCUACAAACCUACCCAAUGCUACCAAACAACUACUACAAUCCAUUCCUAGUGGACCCCAUGGAACCACAAGGCCUUCAACAUAGUUUUUCAUUGCCUGCAUUCCGUGCAGUUCCUCCAAUUCCAAUUCAUUUCCAAAAUCAAACACCAUUUUUAUGUCAAAAUGAAAUCGAUCCUUCGUUUUCGAGGAGUAAUUCAUUGGAUCAACAAUUUUUGGCGCGUGAGCAGCAACAGUGGUUGAUGAAGCAAAACAAUGUCAUAGCCAAGUAUAUGUAACGUAGCUUAAUUAGCAUAGUUGAUGGAGCGGACGAUCUCGUGACAAGAGGCGACAUUACAAGAAAACACAGCUCUAACGACCGAAAUUUCCAUCCCUGCUCCCUCGAAAACGGUCGUUAUAUGCGUGUUUUAUUGUAGUGCGAUAAGGAGUUCGAUUCUUACCACCAAUGCCUUUUACUACUUAGAAUUUUACUAUAUAAAAAGCAGUUGUAAGGAAAUUCUAUGUGUACUUGAGAUUAUUGUUUGCUUUCUUGGUUUUGUUUUUAAGUGACAUUGUUGUAUAUGUUUAUUUUGAGUUUGUAUUGAGGCAUAGGUUUGUGUGUAUAAGGCUCUAAAUUAUUGGUUUUGUUUUGAAUGACAUUGUUGUACGUUUGAUUUGA